UGCUGAGGACAGGUACAUAAAAGAUAACGCUAUGAUUUAAAUACUAUUUUCACGUAAUCAACUCAGCUAGCAGACGUGGAAUAUUUCAGAAGAUAAUUUUGAUCGAAGCUGAUAACAACGAAUUAACAAGCAUAAUACCAUCGCAGCAUCGGGCUGACAACUCGAAAUAGGAGUAUUGUUUCGAUUCGGUUACACUUGUCCCGAUAGGCGAAAAGUUCGUCAUCGGAUAAGAUAUCAAAAAGUCAGAACUUUAAUAAGAUAUCGCAAUGUUCUGCUUCCACUGCCCACCCUCCAUGCAUCCGGCGUCAAGAUUGGGAGUAGAUGUACCUCAUUACCCGGGCUCCCCUUAUGGGGCAUUUGGUUUGAACGGCCUUCAUCCAGAACUUCAAGAAGAUUCGUUUGCACGGCGAAAACAGAGAAGGAACAGGACAACGUUCACUUUACAGCAGUUGGAAGAACUUGAGAAGGCGUUCGCGCAGACGCACUACCCGGAUGUAUUCACUCGGGAGGAGCUCGCCAUGCGGAUCAACCUUACUGAAGCACGUGUUCAGGUGUGGUUUCAAAAUAGAAGAGCGAAAUGGCGAAAAAGUGAACGAUUUCAACCCGAUUCAAAUGCCCCCCAUGAAGGCCUCAAUAGUCCCCAUAGUGAGCCUCCACAGAGUCCAGUAGCAGGUCCAGAGAGCCCAUCUGAUACAGAAGCAAAGCAUACACCAGAGGCGAGUACCUCGCAAGAGAAUGGUCAUAAUGUAUCAAGCGAUAAUCACGUGACCAGUGACCUUGAGGUCAUCACAGAUGAGAGCCAAUCAGAAGAAAGAACACAUUCAUCAAUGCCCAAACUGGAAGAGGAUAUCAAGUCAUGCGACGCAUCAUCUUCGCCAAUAGAAAUCAAGCAUCAAAGAAGCCAGGAUCCCAUAAGGCAAAUUGUAGAUAUGGCUGAAAGUAGAUCCUCACUUGCCCAUGUAACAGUGCCUGCAGAAAUAAGUGCUAUGGGUGGAAUAAAUCCAUGUUUUAAUCCAGCAUUACUAGGUCUCCCACGACCCUUCAUGCCGCCAUUUUCGCCACUUGCACACCCUGCCUUUAAAGGUCUGCACCAUCAUAUGAACAUCUGUCGUUGUUGUCCACCUAUGAGGCUUCCCACAAUUCCCAGCAGCCCUUUAGAGACCCACAAUGCAUUGCAUUCGUCUCUGUCCAUGAUGCAUCAGCAACAUAGAUCCUCCAGUGUUGCAGAAUUAAGACGUAAAGCAAGAGAGCAUUCAGAAGCCAUGGCAUUUGAUGCAAGAAUCAUAAAACAUUCAGACACACAUGAAUCAAAUUAACUAAUUAAAGGGAAGCGUACAACUGACCAAUUAGAACAGAGUGUCCCACUCAUUGGGCUUAUAACUGUCAAUUAAAACAGAGUAGAUCAAUCAUUGGUUUAUAAAUGACCAAUCAGAGCAGGGUGUUCAAUUCAUUGGGUUUAUUGUGUCCAAUCACAAUAGAGUGUACCACUCAUUGAGUUUAUAAAAUUAUAAUUGACCAAUCACAACAGAGUGUACCACUCAUUGAGUUUAUAAAAUGAUAACCGACCAAUCACAACAGAGUGUACCACUCAUUGAGUUUAAGUUGCCAAUCACAGCAGAUUAUACAACUGAUUGGGUUUAAAACUGACCAAUCACAGCAGAGUGUAUGAAAGGAGAAUCAGAUAUAUAGGUGUAACAUAGGUAAACACAUUUUUGUGUUUCGCUUGCUCACUAUAUCUGAUUCUCCCUUUAAGAUUAUUAGUAUUUUUGUAAAAAAUCUAGCAUUAAAUUAUGUUAUUAAUUUCAAAUGUAUUAUUGUAAGUCAUGACAAGUGCAGUAACUUAGUGUUGUUCUUAACACCCCAGUCACAUUUGUCGCACAGCGGCCGUAAGUCGACCGAAGAUCAAUUAAAUCAGUG